AUGGCUUCUUUCAAGUAUCUGAUAUUCAUCGCCUUGGCCGUGUACUCCGUUGCCGCCGAAGAAGGAGUAAGAGCAAAGAAACACGCCUACAUCGCCGCUGCCCCAGCUCCGAUUUUGGGAUACUCUGCCUCAGCCCCAGGAUCUUUUUCAUACGCAUACUCUGAUUACACCAGCUACCCUUACAACUAUCCAGUAGCAGCAGCUGCAUACCACGCACCCGCUGCAUACCCAGCAGCAGCAUACCCGGUAACCGCUUAUGCCGCCGCCGCAUACCCAAGCUACCACGAAGAUGACGGCAAAUACUGGCCCGGAAAAUACGAAAAGUCUUACAUCCCAGCAUACAAGGCCGGAUACCCAAGCUACCCGGAAGAUGAUGGCAAAUACUGGCCCGGCAAAUACGAAAAGACUUACAUCCCAGCCUACAAGGCCGGAUACCCGGUCGCCUACCACUACUGA